GAUCUCGGGGAUUUAAUUAACAGGGGGUCUAGGUGGCCGUUCAGCGUUUCCAGUACGGACAGAUCCAUAAAAAUAUGAUCUUGGUAACUAAUGAACUGUUCAUGCCUUCAUGGUGACGAGUGACGACUGUGUUUUCUGCUUGCGUGUGCGAGUGCGACGGAGACGAUUAGCUGACGUGAUUAUAGAGAGUGACGGAGCGAGAUAACAACGACGAAAUCAUCAAGAUUCGGGACACUAACAAAAAAAAAGAAAGAAAAGACCCGAUCUCUCCGUCAUCCAGUAUUUGUUAUUUCGGUCGGACGACGAAGACUACCGCACGUCAUGAAACAUGUCUUGUUUGACAUGUUUCUGUUCCUGUUCAAGUCCAAAUAUCGACGGAAAAGGACUGUUCCAUCAAUGACGACUAAGGUGGCUACCAAUUUCGCACCUCUGCUGCUACUGGUAAUCGUUAUCGGUUUAGCAUCCUUGGCACAAUGCUCACUGGACCGGUGCAAAGAUGUCGAGUGUGGCAAUGGAAUCUGCCUGAAUGGAACGUGCCUAUGCAACGACGGAUGGCAAGGCCCUCAGUGCCAGUAUUGUGGUGGCAAAGUCAAAUUAAAUGGAACUUCUGGUUUCAUUUCUGAUGGCAUUGGUAACUACUCGCUGGAUGUAAAGUGUAGUUGGCUUAUAGAAGCUGGAAAUUCUACUAAUUCCACAAUCAGAUUGCAUUUUGAAGAAUUCAUUACUGAAUGUGGUUGGGAUCAUUUAUAUAUAUAUGAUGGAGACAGUGUUCAUUCUCCACUACUUGGUGUUUACAGUGGCCUUAUGUACUCAAAAGAUUACUCCUUGCAGAGCAUACCAGAAAUAGUUGCCCAUUCCGGAUUUGCACUAUUACAUUUUUAUAGUGAUAUUGCAUAUAAUUUAUCUGGUUUUAAUAUUUCUUACAGUUUAAAUACAUGCCCAAGUACAACUUCCUCUAAAGAAUGUUCAGGACAUGGUGUUUGUCUAGACUCUGUAUGUACUUGUGAUGCCCAAUUUAUUGGUGAAGCUUGUCACAUUCCGAUUUGUCCAAAUCAGUGCACGGCCAGCAAUGGGGUAUGUGAUAAGGAACAACAUCGCUGUGUCUGCAAUCCAAAAUAUAAAGGUGAUGACUGUAGUCAAGUAGCUGAACACGGUUACUGGGAAUUAUUGAAGACAAGUGAUUUUGUUCCGCAAGGAUCUGCAUCUCAUACAGCUGUCGUAUGGCAAGACUCUAUGUAUAUUGUUGGGGGAGAAUCUUUUAAAAAAGGACAUAUGUUAUAUGUUUAUGAUUUCAAUGGUCAUGUAUGGGAAACACCUCAUGUAAUAAGCAAAACAGCACCAACCAUACGAUAUGGACAUUCGUCUGUGCUAUUUGGUGACAAGAUUUAUGUUUAUGGAGGAGUAAAAGAAGAUGGUAUUGUGUGUAAUGAAUUGUGGGCUUAUGACAUAAGUGCCAAGUCCUGGGAAAAUGUCACAGUUAAUACUGGUUCAUGUGAACGUAACCUUAUGAACAUUGGCUUCACAAAUCAAGCAUUAUGUGGACCAUUACGUAGUGCUGGACACACAGCCACAUUGGUGCCACCUUCAUAUAUAUCACAAUCUACUUCUUCUGGAUCUGGUUCUAGAUAUGUAACAGAACGAAUGAUUAUUAUUUUUGGACAUUCUCCUACUUAUGGUUUUAUGAAUUUUGUUCAAGAAUAUUAUUUUGGCACUAGAGAAUGGGCAGUUGUAAAGACUAAAGGUUAUCCAGUUAAAGGUGGAUACGGGCACAGUGCUGCUUGGGAUCCUGUGACAGAACGUAUUCUUGUAUAUGGUGGCUAUGUGUCAAUGAGUCCUCUGCAAUCGGCUUUAUCUUCAAAACUUUAUGCAUAUGAUCCUUACUCACAUACAUGGUAUUUAAUGAGUGACGGUCCUAGUGGUAGAUUUUUACACAGUGGUUCUAUGUUGAAUCCUACUGGAGGUUUAAUGUUGAUAUAUGGUGGAAACAUACAUAAUGAUACUGGAGUAAAUUUGGUUUCAUCUGGCGGUCAGUGUUAUACUGCACAACCAUUACUUUAUGAUACUUAUUGUGAUUCAUGGACACAAAUGGCAUUGCCUUCAAAUUUAUUCACCAGUCUCAUGCGAUUUGGACAUUCUGCAAUAACAUUUGAAAAAUCUAUGUAUAUUUAUGGUGGUUUCAACGGCCAAAUGCUCAAUGACAUUCUCAAAUUUUCUCCUGGAAAUUGUUCAUCAAAUAAUAUGAUAACUAAUUGUUUGAAUAGUCGUCAUUUUGGUGUUAAAUGCGUCUGGGAUAACGAAAAAGCCAUUUGUUUACCAUUUUCAGAAAUCCCAGCUAUUCCACCCAGUAUAGAUUUUGAAUCAACUUACAGCCGUUGUCCAGAAGAAAGUAAGUCCCAAGUAACAGGAAUUAUCGAUCAGUGCAAGCGGCAAAGUACAUGUGAAUCAUGCGUUCAUACUCAUCGUUGUGGUUGGUGCCCAUUAUCAAAUUCCUGUGUACAUGAUAUAGAACAAUGUACUACAAUGAAUAGAGAUGAUAUACCAUAUAGAAGUGAACGUCCAAUAACAUCAGGUUAUCAAUGUACUAAUGAAAAUGCUGACCAUAUGCGUUGCAACCAUCUUCAUUCUUGUCAAUAUUGUGUUACUCAUACUGGAUGUCAUUGGAAUUCCAAGAUUGAAGUUCCUAUAUGUGUGCCAAUCACAAACAAAUCCAUGAUUCAAGAUUUUACAUCACCCGAUGUAUGUGAAAGUGUUUGCGACCAUUAUACUGAGUGUACCAAUUGUACAAAAGAUGAAUGCAUUUGGUGUCAGAAUAAUGAACGAUGCAUUGACAAAAAUGCGUAUACAUCUUCAUUUCCGUACGGUCAAUGUAGAGAAUGGACAACAGAUGAGCACCGUUGUAGAACUUCACCAGGGAAUUCACAGUGCAAUUACUAUAGGACUUGUAUUGAUUGUCGAGAUGAUCCAGAGUGUGGUUGGUGUGAUGACGGUUCGGGUACUGGUUUAGGUUCGUGCAUGGCGGGUGGCAAUACACCACCCCAAUCAUGUUCUCAAAAUAAAUGGUACUUCACUCACUGCCCAACUUGCCAGUGCAAUGGCCACAGCACUUGUAUGAAUAAUACUGACGUGUGUAUACACCCAUGUUCAAAUAACACAGAAGGCCAAAACUGUGAGACGUGUAUUAAAGGAUUCUAUGGGAACCCAGUCAAUGGUGGUGAAUGUAAAGAAUGCCGGUGUAACAAUCAAGGUAAUCAUUGUAAUCAAGAGAAUGGAAAAUGCUAUUGUACUACAAAAGGGAUAAUCGGAGAUAACUGUGAGAAAUGUGACACAAAUAACCAUUAUCUGGGAGACCCAUCUAAUCACGGUUCCUGUUUCUAUGAUCUGACCAUUGAUUAUCAAUUCACGUUUAACCUGUCUAAAAAAGAUGAUCUGAGGUUUACACAAAUCAAUUUUCAAAAUUCGCCUUCAAAGUCUGAUGUUGACGCCGACUUUAGCAUCACCUGUUCGGUGAUGGCCAAGAUGAACAUCACCGUCAGACCUGCGUCCGGGCCAGAAAAAAUGCUACUUCCGUUACAAAACUGCACAAAUUUCAGAACUAAGUUUUUGAAAUCUGAAUACAUGUUUGGCACUGGAGACAACAUGUCACUGACAACAUUUUAUGUUUACGUUUAUGAUUUCAAACCUCCGCUCUGGAUACAGAUAUCGUUUUCUCAGUAUCCAAAAUUAAAUCUCCAACAGUUUUUCAUCACAUUCUCUUCAUGUUUCUUGCUAUUGCUGUUGGUGGCUGCCAUAUUGUGGAAACUCAAACAGAAAUAUGACAUGUAUCGCAGAAGACAGAGAAUGUUCGUGGAAAUGGAACAGAUGGCCAGCAGACCGUUUUCGGUGGUUGAGGUGGAAAUAGAAAAACGCAAUUCCAUUCUUGGUAACCAGAUACCGACCAUUUCUGUUUCGAGCAAUUUGAGAAAACGCAAAAUCGACGUACCAAAUCCAGUGGCCUUGGAACCUUGCGCCGGCAAUCGAGCAGCCGUAUUGACGUUGCUCGUCAGACAGCCGACAGGCAACGAUAGAUUCACACCACACGGAUACUCGGGCCUGGCGAUAGCGUCUGCUCUGGUGGUGGUCGGCAACGUUCAACAUUCCAAGACCAACGGGAUCGACAACAGCAGUUCUCCGCUACCGGGCAAAGAAGACGUCCGCUGGACCGGCAGGGGCUUGAAAGCCAGUCAGCAUCCGAGCGAAGCGCGAAUUUAAGAUAACGACACUCACAAUCUCUCUUCUCUUCACCGGCUUCGUCGGCGGGAUUUCUUCGCUCUGCAGCGUAACAUUUAUAACAAUAUUAUAAUCGUAUAAAAAAAUACCUACACCUUAAUAUAUAUAUAUAUAUACACACAUAUAUUUAUUUAUGUGUGUGUAUGUAUAUAUAUUUACACUGUGUGUAUAGUCGAACCCGAUAAGACUGAUGAGAUCGUAUAUAUUAUUAUAAUAUACGUUUAUACGGUGCAUUUAUGUAAUACUUUACUACUAUAUUUAAUAUUAUAUACAAUUAAUGUAAUACUACUACUACUACUACUACUACUACUACUACUGCUAUACUACUACUACUACCAGCACUACUAAACUAUCCGUAGGUUUCAGAAUCAAUCUGAUAUUCUUAAGGCCGUCAGAUUGGUUUAUGAACGACAGAACAUAGGUACGAUCGAAUAUAAUAGUAUUAUACAUAAUACCACUCUACCACUCUAGGCCUGUUUCUCUUUUAAAUAUUUUUACCUCUGUGCUGGCGAGUGUUCGUUACAUUUUUAUUGUUAAGACGCCGCGCACGGCCCAUUUCUUUGUAAUCUCGUAUAGGCAGUGGCGUCACUAGGGGGGGCUCCCCCCAGGAUUUUAGUUGCACCAAUGCAUUUAGGCACGAUACUUUGAAUCUCAUCUUGAUCCGUAGACUUCCAUAGCACACAAAAAUCUCAAAUCUGCGUCUUAAUCACCAAUUGAUGAACACGCCAUACGUUACGAUGUGUUUAUGGGAGUUCUUCUAGAUUGACUUAUGCCCCCCCUCACCAGUCACCUAUGAUUUAUCGUUUAUUUUUUAGCUUGCCUGCCAAUGUCUGCCAUCGCCAUGUAUACUCACUCGUUCAGUGUGCAAUAGUUCUUUCCUCGAGUUGCACAUUCCUAAUUCCUAUAUAGUAAUAUAUUAUUAUGCCAUAGCUCUUGAGAGACGUUUUGAGUGUACUAUGCCUCGUAGGUAGAAUAUAUAAUAUUACGCAUGUCGUCAUUGUGAUUAUUAUAUUGAUAAAAUAUUUACGAAUACCUUUAAAAUUUGUACGAUAUUAUACUUAUUUAAUAUAUUUAUUAUUAUUGUGUAUAACUGUAAGUUACAGUCUGAAACACCUGUAAAUGCUAAAUAGUAUUAUGAUCAUAGUUGUUACUUGUUGUUCGAUAGACAUUAGACAGUAUUUCUUUGCAGUACCUAUAUGUACGGACCGUUCGAAAACGUCGCGCCUCCCUCCUCUCAUCCAUUUCGUGACACACUUCACCGGCCCUUAAAUCACUUAAUCUCUCGAAAAUUAAAUUCCUCGUUACAGUCACGAACAAUUUGAAGAAAUAUUCCGACAGCGGCUACCGACCACAGCCCGGCUGUUUCUACUUCCAUCGUUCGCAUUCGAUCCAACUCCGUCCUUAGUGUAUCAGUCGUUUCCCAAUUUUCCAUUUCCCAACAGUAAUUUGUCGCAAUGUAUUCUAUCUGUUCUAAAAUAUUAUGUAGGUACAUACCUAUGGACUUGACGUGAAGUUUCUCGGCCGGUUUUCAUUAUUCUUUUCGGGUGGUUUUUUUUUUCGAUCUUCAACAUUAAUUUGCACAUUGCCUACAUAAUUAUGAUAAUAUAUAUUAUGGGAAGUAAUCCGGAGCGGGUCCAAAUUCAAAAUCGUUCGUCCAGCGGGUGUCCGGCAUGACACGACGACGACACGCGUAUUCGGUAAAGCCCAUUUUCUCAUUUUAAUAUAUUGUAAUAAUACUGCGGUACGAUAAAUUUUAUAAGAAUUAUUUAUUUAUAUAAAUUAUAUAUUAUUAAUUAUUAUGUGUUCUGAUAAAAAGAAGCGUAUUAUUUAUAAUAAAUAUUUUCUGUGAUUUUAGAUUGGCUUACUCAAUUGUGAGUGGUUUUUCUUUAUAUAUAGUGUUAACUAUUUUAUGUUUUUGUAUGUAUAU